UCUCAGGUUUUUUUUACAGCCUCUCUUUCCUUCCUCCACUUCCUCCUCACACAGCCCUUCACUGUGAGUGAAGGCUUCCUCAAAGCCUGAGUUCUCACAGCAAGCUUUCUCUUUCCUGAGACCCUUGGAUUGACCUGCUGCCUGGCUCAUUUAUGUAUUGGACGACAUCAGAAUGGAUUGACCUCAGGAAUGUAUAGCAGAAUGGGCACCCUGAGAGGCCACUAAAGGAUGUAACCAACUUGUGCGGAGGGAUUUCUGUGCUUUUUCUGCUUUAUCUGCAGUGCUGAAUAAAUGAGAAUCAGUAUAUUUGUUGAACCAAUAAAUGAAAGCCCAUGAUUGGACACAGACUUGAAGAAAAAGCCAAACAGCAUUAUGAAGAGCUAUCACAUACCAGAUGAAAUACAAAGCAGCAGCUUUGAAGCUUGAGUAACGGACCUCAGCAGCUCAAACACAAUUUGGCUUCACUCAGCCUCACUGAACCUGAUCCCAGACUCUGCUCCCUGGGUGUGGAAGAGCUCUCUGAUCCCAGAAUCCUCUUUGAUUCCAGCUAGAAUGCUGCGCCAAGCACUUCACAGAUUCGGUCAAAAACUUGUGCGCAGACCUACGCUGAGGGCACCAGCGGCUGAGGAUGACCCAGAGAGAACACUGAACACUCUGGAUUUAGUGACUGAGGUUGUGGGCCGCACAGUGGGUGUAGGUGUGUAUGUCCUGGCUUCUGAGGUGGUCAGAAAUCAAGCAGGACCAUCUUUUGUGAUUUCUGUUUUGGUGGCCGGCAUAUCUUCUAUGUUGGCUGUGCUGUGCUAUGCAGAGUUUGCUGUCCGUCUUCCCCUUUCAGCCUUUGGAUAUCUCUACAGCUAUGUCACUAUAGGCGAAAUCUGGGCCUUCAUCAGUGGCUGGAGCUUUAUCCUCUCCUAUGUUGUUGGUAUAGCCAUUGUGCUUAACACAUGGAUCUUAACAUUUGACAACCUGCGUGGGAACCGGCUCUCUGAGACUCUGCAAGAGACCAUCUCAGAGAACAUUCCCAGUGUCGUUCGGGAAUACCUAGAUUUCGUUGUACUGGGUGUUAUGUUAUUCUUCAUGCAAUUCAGGGAUGUUUGGUAUAUUGGAUCAUUUUGGUCUAGCACAACUGCCAAAGUGGUUACAUUGGUGAAACUUUUGGUUCUCAGUUUUGUCAUCAUCUCUGGCUUCAUUAAGGGGCACCUGCACAACUGGAAGCUCACAGAAGAGGACUACAUAAUGGCUGGACUCAAUGACACGUCUAUGUUGAGCCCUCUCGGCACUGGAGGAUUUAUGCCUUUUGGCUUCAAAGGGAUUCUCCAUGGAGCAGCUACCUAUUUCUUUGCAUUUAUUGGUUUUGACUAUAUUGUUACCAAAACUGAAAAUGCCCAGAAUCCCCAGCAUUCCAUCCCCAGGGGCAUUUUGAUUGCACUGUUCAUCUGCUUUCUGGUGUAUUUUGGUGUCUCUUUAGCACUUACACUUAUGGUGCCUUACUACCAGCUCCAACCUGGGAGCACCUUGCCUGAGGUAUUUCUGCAUAUUGGCUGGGUCCCUGCCUACUAUGUUGUAGCUUUAGCAUUCCUGUACAUUCUUUCUAACAGCUUUCGGGGCUUAUGGAAGCCGAUAAUUAGGGAGUUAAACAGGAUGGCAAGGAAUGGCCUCCUGUUCCGUUUCUUUUCCACUGCCUCUUAUCUCCGAAACACUCUUAUCAUGACCAUUGUGCUUCUUGGAAUUAUUACAGUCACUGUAUCCUUCUUGGGAGUCACUGAUAUCUUGGACCUCGGGUCAGUUGGAUCCCUGAUUUCUCACUCCUUGGUUGCGCUUUGUGUUCUCAUCAUCAGGUAUCAGCCUGGGAGGAAGAAUGAGACAAAUGAAGCAGACGUGCAGGAGGAGAAUAGACAUGUAGCAGAGAAGCUGACUCUACAGGGACUACUUUUUCCAGGCAGCUCCCACCCUACUCCACUCUCUGGCCGGGUUGUCUAUGUUUGCUCUUCACUGCUUGUUCUGCUGAUCAUUCUUCUCUGCCUGGUGCUGACCCAGUUGCCAGAUCUGCUUUCUGGAGACCCAGUGUGGAUUUCAGUGCUUGUGCUGCUCCUGGUGCUCAUCACUGGGCUCACUGGGGUCAUCUGGAGACAGCCACAGAGCUCCAGUCCCCUUCCCUUUAAGGUCCCUGCUCUGCCUGUCCUCCCACUACUGAGCAUCUUUGUGAAUGUUUGCCUUAUGAUGCAAAUGACAUCUGGCACCUGGGCCCUAUUUGGUAUCUGGAUGUUGAUUGGGUUUGCUACCUACAUUGCCUAUGGGAUCCAGCACAGCUGGGUCACUGACCCCAUUUAAAUUAGGGCCAAAAGUGUAGAACUAGAACACAGCUGUGUCAGUACAUAUUCAGCUUGACAU